CGAUGGGGAAUAGCAUCAAUAUAGUUCAUUAUCAAUGGAGAAUAGCCUUCGGCUGAAUCCGUGACCGGUAGCCUCCGAAAUUCGAAGAAAAUGGCAUUUCGGAAUAAUCGCCCGAAAUAUGUGAUGGUAGCCCUUUGGAAUCUGCCAAUAAUGGUCCUGAAAGAAAUGCACCCAUAUCGGUGCUUAAGGAACUAAAUCAUCGUUGAAGAAUAGUCUCAAGCCAGCUCCGUGAUCUAUAGCUUUCAAAAUCCAAGAAAAAUGGCCUUUCGAAAAAAAAUCGCCCAAAGAAUUACAAAAAUGCUAUCCAAAAAUAAUUUUGCCCAAUUCGGUGCUUAAUGGGCUUAAUCAUCGAUGGGAAAUAAGUUCAAUAUCGUUCAGUAUCAAAGGCGAAUAGCCUCGGGCAGAAUCCGUGAUAUGUAGCCUCCGAAAUCGAAAGAAAAUGACAUUUCGGAAUAAUAGCCCGAAAUCUGUGAUGGUACCCCUUUGGAAUCUGCCAAAAAUGGACUCGCAAGAAAUCCACCGGAAUCGGUGUUGAAGGAACUUAAUCAUCGUUGAAGAAUAGUCUCAGGCCAAAUCCGUAAUCUAUAGCCUUUAAAAUCCCAGAAAAAUGGAUUUUCAGAAAAAAAUUGCCCAAAGAAUUACGGAAAUGUCAUCCCAUAAUAAUUUGGCCCAAUUUGGUGCUUAAUGGGCUUAAUCAUCGAUGGGGAAUACCAUCAAUAUAGUUCAUUAUCAGUGAAGAAUAGCAUCGGGCCGAAUUCGUGAUAUGUAGCCUCCGAAAUAGAAGAAAAUGACAUUUCGGAAUAAUCGCCCAAAAUCUGUGAUGGUACCCUUAUGGAAUCUGCCAAAAUUGGUCCCGAAAAAAAUCCACCUGAAUCGGUGCUUAAGGAACUUAAUCAUCGUUGAAGAAUAGUCUCAGGCCAAAUCCUUGAUAUGUAGCCUUCAAAAUCUGUGCUUAAGGAACUUAAUCAUCGUUGAAGAAUAGUCUAAGGCUAAAUCCGUGAUAUGUAGCCUUCAAAAUCCAAGGAAAAUGGCCUUUUGAAAAAAAAUCGCCCAAAGAAUUACGAAAAUGCCAUCCCAAAAUAAUUUGGCCCAAUUUGGUUUUUAAUCGGCUUAAUCAUCGAUGGGAAAUAGCAUCAAUAUAGUUCAUUAUUGGUGGAGAAUAGCCUCGGGCCGAAUCCGUGAUCUUUAGUCUGCAAAAUGGAAGUAAAUGGUAUUUCAGAAUAAUCGUCCGAAAUCUGUGAUGGUCGCCCUUUAGAAUAUGCCAAAAAUGGACCCAGAAGAAAUCCACUCGAAUCGGUGCCUAAGAAACUUAAUCAUCGUUGAUAAAUAGUCUAAUGUCGAACCCGUGAUCUGUAGCCUUCAAAAUCAAAGGAAAAUGGCAUUUCGAAAAAAAAUCUCCCAAAGAAUUACGAAAAUGCCAUCCCAAAAUAAUUUGGCCCAAUUUGGUUCUUAAUGGGAUUAAUCAUCAAUAUAGUUCAUUAUCUGUGGAGAAUAGCCUCGGGCUAAAUCCGUGAUCUGUAGCUUCCAAAAUUGAAGAAAAUGGCAUUUCGGAAUAAUCGUCUGAAAUCUGUGAUGGUACCCCUUUGAAAUUUGCCAAAAAUGGAUCCGGAAGAAAUCCACCCGAAUCGGUGCUUAAGGAACUUAAUCAUCUUUGAUGAAUAGUCUCAUGCCGAAUCCGUGAUCUGUAGCCUUCAAAAUCCAAGAAAAAUAGCCUUUCGAAAAAAAAAUCACCCAAAGAAUUACCAAAAUGUCAUCCCAAAACAAUUUGGCCCAAUUUGGUGCGUAAUGGGCUUAAUCAUCGAUGGGGAAUGACAUCAAUAUAGUUCAUUAUCAGUGGAGAAUAGUCUCGGGCCGAAUCCGUCAUUUGUAGCCUCCGAAACGAAAGAAAAUGGCAUUUCGGAAUAAUCGCCCGAAAUCUGUGAUGGUACCACUUUGGAAUCUGCCAAAAAUGGACCCGAAAGAAAUGCACCCGAAUCGGUUCUUAAGGAAAUUAAUUAUCGUUGAUGAAUAGUCUCAUGCCAAAUCUGUUACUAUAGCCUUCAAAAUCCAAGGAAAAUGGCCUUUUGAAAAAAAAUCUCCCAAGAAUUACGAAAAUGCCAUCCAAAAAUAAUUUUGCCCAAGUAUCAAUAUAGUUCAUUAUCAGUGGAGAAUAGCCUCGGGCCGAAUCCGUGAUCUGUAGCCUCCGAAAUAGAAGAAAAUUGCAUUUCAAUAAUCGCUCGAAAUCUAUGAUGGUAACCCUUUGGAAUCUAACAAAAAUGGACCAGGAAGAAAUCCAUCGGAAUCGGUGCUUAAGGAAAUUAAUCAUCGUUGAAGAAUAUUCUCAGGCCAAAUCCGUAUUCUGUAGCCUAGCAAAUCCAAGAAAAAUUUCCUUUCGAAAAAAAUCGCCCAAAGAAUUACGAAAAUGUCAUCCCAAAAUAAUUUGGCCCAAUUUGGUGCUUAAUGGGCGUAAUCAUCGAUGGGGAAUAGCAUUAAUAUAGUUCAUUAUCAGUGGAGAAUACCCUCGGGCUGAAUCCGUGAUCGGUAGCCUUCGAAAUCAAAAGAAAAUGGCAUAUCGAAAUAAUCGCCCGAUAUCUGUGAUGUUACCCCUUUGGAAUCUGCCAAAAAUGGACCUGAAAGAAAUGCACCCGAAUCGGUGCUUAAGGAACUUAAUCAUCGUUGAAAAAUAGUAUCAUGAUGAACCCAUGAUCUAUAGCCUUCAAAAUCCAAGGAAAACAGUCUUUCGAAAAAAAAAUCGCCCAAAGAAUUACGAAAAUGCAUCCCAAAAUAAUUUGGCCCAAUUUGGUGCUUAAUAGGCUUAAUCAUCGAUGGGGAAUAGCAUCAAUAUAGUUCAUUAUCAGUGGAGAAUAGUCUCGGGUCAAAUCCGUGAUCUGUAGCCUCCAAAAUAGAAGAAAAUGGCAUUUCGAAAUAAUCGCUCGAAAUCUGUGAUUGUACCCCUUUGGAAUCUGCCAAUAAUGUACCCGAAUGAAAUCCAACGGAAUUGGUGCUUAAGGAACUUAAUCAUCGUUGAAGAAUACUCUAAGGCCAAAUCAUUGAUCUGUAGGCUUCAAAAUCCAAGGAAAAUGUCCUUUCGAAAAAAAAUAACCGAAAGAAUUACGAAAAGGCCAUCCCAAAAUAAUUUGGCCCAAUUUGGUGCUUAAUGGGCUUAAUCAUCGAUGGGGAAUAGCAUCAAUAUUGUUCAUUAUCAGUGGAGAAUAGCCUCGGGCCAAAUCCGUAAUCUGUAGCCUUCGAAAUAGAAGAAAAUGGCAUUUCGAAAUAAUCAGUCGAAAUCUGUGAUGGUACCCCUUUGGAAUCUGCCAAAAAUGGACCCGAAAGAAAUCCACCGGAAUCGGUGCUAAAGGAACUUAAUCAUCGUUGAAGAAUAUUCUCGGGCCGAAUGCGUGAUCUGUAGCCUUCAAAAUCCAAAAAAAAUUGCCUUUCAAAAAAAAAAACCGCCCAAAGAAUUAUGAAAAUGUCAUCCCAAAUUAAUUUGGCCCAAUUUGGUGCUUAAUGGGCUUAAUCAUCGAUGGGGAAUAACAUCAAUAUAGUUCAUUAUCAGCAGAGAAUAGCAUCGGCCCGAAUCCGUGAUCUGUAGACUUCGAAAUGGAAGAAAAUGGCAUUUCGGAAUAAUCGCCCGAAAUCUGUGGUGGUACCCCUUUGGAAUCUGCCAAAAAUGUUCCCGCAAGAAAUCCACCAAAAUCAGUUCUUAAGGAACUUAAUCAUCGUUGAAGAAUAUUCUCAUGACGAAUCCGUGAUCUGUAGCCUUCAAAAUCCAAGGAAAAUGGCCUUUAAAAAAAUCGCCCAAAGAAUUACGAAAAUCGCAUCCAAAAGUAAUUUGGCCCGAUUCGGUGCUUAAUGGGGUUUAUCAUCGAUGGGGAAUAAGAUAAUAUAGUUCAUUAUCAGUGGUGAAUAGCCCCGGGCCGAAUCCGUGAUCUGUAGCUUCUGAAAUCGAAAGAAAAUGGCAUUUUGGAAUAAUCGCCCGAAUUUUGUGAUUGUACCCUUUUGGAAUUUGCCAAAAAUGGACCAGGAAGAAAUCCACCCGAAUCGGUGCUUAAGGAACUUAAUCAUCGUUAAAGAAUAGUCUCAAGCCAAAUCCUUGAUCUGUAGCCUUCAAAAUCCAAGGAAAAUGGCAUUUCGAAAAAAAAUCGGCCAAAGAAUUACAAAAAUGUCAUCCCAAAAUAAUUGGGCACAAUUUGGUGCUUAAUGGGCUUAAUCAUCGAUGGGAAAUAGCAUCAAUAUAGUUCAUUAUCAGUGGUGAAUAGCCUUGGGCUGAAUCCGUGAUCUUUAGCAGCCGAAAUCGAAAGAAAAUGGCAUAUCAGAAUAAUCGCCCAAAAUCUGUGAUGAUACCCCUUUGGAAUCUGCCAAAAAUUGACCCGAAAGAAAUCACUCGGAAUCGGUUCUUAAGGAAUUUAAUCAUCAUUGAAGAAUAGUUUCAGGCCAAAUACGUGAUAUGUAGUCUUCAAAAUCCAAGAAAAAUGGCCUUUCGAAAACAAAAUCGCCCAAAGAAUUACGAAAAUGCCAUCCCAAAAUAAUUUGGCCCAAUUUGGUGCUUAAUGGCCUUAAUCAUCGAUGGGGAAUAGCAUUUAUAUAGUUCAUUAUCAGUGAAGAAUAGCUUCGGGCUGAAUUCGUGAUCGGUAGCCUCUGAAUUCGAAAGAAAAUGGCAUAUCAGAUUAAUCGCUCGAAAUCUGUGAUGGUACCCCUUUGGAAUCUGCCAAAAAUGGACCCGAAAGAAAUGCCCCCGAAUCGCUGCUUAAGGAACUUAAUUAUCGUUGAUGAAUAGUCUCAUGCCGAAUACGUGAUCUGUAGACUUCAAAAUCCAAGGAAAAAGGCCUUUCGAAAAAAAAACGCCCAAAGAAUUACGAAAAUGACAUACAAAAAUAAUUUUGCACAAUUCGGUGCUUAAUGAGCUUUAUCGUCGACGGGGAAUAGGAUCAAUAUAGUUCAUUAUUAGUGGUGAAUAGCCUCGGGCCGAAUCCGUGAUCUGUAGCCUCCGAAAUCGAAAGAAAAUGGAAUUUCGGAAUAAUCGCCCAAAAUCUGUGAUGGUACCCCCUUUGGAAUCUGCCAAAAAUGGACCCGAAAGAAAUCACCCGGAAUGGGUGCUUAAGGAACUUAAUCAUCGUUUUAAGAAUAGUCUCAGCCAAAUCCGUGAUAUGUAGCCUUCAAAAUCCAAGGAAAAUGGUCUUUCGAAAAAAAAAUCGCCUAAAGAAUUACGAAAUUGCCAUCCCUAAAUAAUUUGGCCCAAUUUGGUGCUUAAUGGGCUUAAUCAUCGAUGGGGAAUAGCAUUAAUAUAGUUCAUUAUCAGUGAAGAAUACCCUCGGACUGGAUUCGUGAUCGGUAGCCUCCGAAAUCGAAAGAAAAUGGCAUAUUAGAAUAAUCGCCUGAAAUCUGAGAUGAUACCCCUUUGGAAUCUGCCAAAAAUGGACCCGUAAGAAAUGCACCUGAAUCGGUGCUUAAGGAACUUAAUCAUCGUUGAAGAAUAGUAUCAUGAUAAAUCCAUGAUCUGUAGCCUUCAAAAUCCAAGGAAAAUGGUCUUUCGGAAAAAAAAAUCGCCCAACGAAUUACGAAAAUGCCAUCCCAAAAUAAUUUGGCCCAAUUUGGUGCUUAAUGGGCUUAAUCAUCGAUGGGGAACAGCAUCAAUAUAGUUCAUUAUCAGUGGACAAUAGCCUCAGGCUGAAUACGUGACCGGUGGCCUCCGAAAUCAGAAAAAAUGGCAUUUCGGAAUAAUCGCCCGAAAUCUGGGAUGGUACCCCUUUGGAAUCUGCCAAUAAUGGACCUGAAAGAAAUCCAUCGGAAUCGGUGCUUAAGGAACUUAAUCAUCGUUGAAGAAUAGUCUAAGGCCAAAUACGUGAUCUGUAUCCUUCAAAAUCCAAUGAAAAUGGCCUUUCAAAAAAAAUAGCCCAAAGGAUUACGAAAAGGCCAUCCCAAAAUAAUUUGGCCCAAUUUGGUGCUUAAUGAGCUUAAUCAUCGAUGGGGAAUAGCAUCAAUAUAGUCCAUUAUCAGUGGAGAAUAGCCUCGGGCCAAAUACGUGAUAUGUAGCCUCCGAAAUAGAAGAAAAUGGCAUUUCGAAAUAAUCGCUCGAGAUCUGUGAUGAUACCCAUUUGGAAUCUGCAAAUAAUGGACCCGAAAGAAAUCCAUCGGAAUCGGUGCUUAAGGAACUUAAUCAUCGUUGAAGAAUAGUCUAAGGCCAAAUCCGUGAUUUGUAGCCUUCAAAAUCCAAGGAAAAUGGCCUUUCGAAAAAAAAUAGCCCAAAGAAUUGAGAAAAGGCCAUCCAAAAAUAAUUUGGCCCAACUUGGUACUUAAUGGGCUUAACCAUCGAUGGGGAAUAGCAUCAAUAUAGUUCAUUAUCAGUGGCGAAUAGCCUCGAGCCAAAUCCGUGAUUUGUAGCCUCCGAAAUAGAAGAAAAUAGCAUUUCUAAAUAAUCGCUCGAAAUCUGUGAUGGUACCCCUUUGGAAUAUGCCAAAUAUGGACCCGAAAGAAAUCCACCGGAAUCGGUGCUAAAAGAACUUAAUCAUCGUUGAAGAAUAUUCUCAGGCCAAAUCCGUGAUCUGUAGCCUUCAAAAUCCAAGGAAAAUUGCCUUUCGAAAAAAAUCGCCAAAGAAUUACGAAAAUGUCAUCCCAAAAUAAUUUGACCCAAUUUGGUGCUUAAUGGGAUUAAUCAUCGAUGGGGAAUACAAUCAAUAUAGUUCAUUAUCAAUGGAUAAUAGCAUUGGCCCGAAUCCGUGAUCUGUAGCCUCCGAAAUGGAAGAAAAUGGCAUUUCGGAAUAAUCGCCCGAAAUCUGUGAUGGUACCCCUUUGGAAUCUGCCAAAAAUGGACCCGCAAGAAAUCCACCAUAAUAAUGCUUAAGGAACUUAAUCAUCGUUGAAGAAUAUUCUCAGGCCAAUUCCGUGAUUUGUAGCCUUCAAAAUCCAAGGAAAAUGGCCUUUCAAAAAAAUCGCCAAAAGAUUUAUGAAAAUGCCAUCCAAAAAUAAUUUGGCUCAAUUCGG